AAUGGAACCAUAACCUUUUAUGGAAUUGAUUGAAAUAUAAACCCUGGGUUUAUUAUAAUGUAUCAACUCGUGUUAUUUAAUAGUACAAACGAGUAGGAUAGACCGUUUCACUACUCACCUCAGCGUCGCGUGCGGUGAACCCCGCAUGCACUCAGUCUAUCAACCAAUGAACGAAUCUAAGCAGCUCCGUUAUGUCAGAAGGAUUCAUGAAUCGAACGUAGGAUAAAAUCAGACGCGAUCCGCUUUACCACAUUAUCAUGGCGGACUUCCUGGGCACGGCAUCGGCCGUUGCUGGCCUCGUAUCUUUGAGUGGAACAAUUCUGGCAGAAGGCUAUGCCUUCAUCGCCAGCGUCAUUAAAGCACCGCAAGAGCUGAAAGAGCUGCUUGCGGAGGUUGCAGCCUUGGGCGCCGUGCUGGGACAGCUUCAAGAUCUUUUAGAUGACGGGAUGCCCUUUGAACUGAAAAAGUCACGGCUCCAGGACUUGGCACAAGCUGGACUAAUCGAAGACUGCAGGGAAUCUCUGGCCGGGCUCAACGCAUCGAUUAGCCAGUGCCGUCAGAUUGCGGGGCAAAGUGUUCGCAACUUUGGUCGUCGUAUGGUUUGGCCUUUCAAAGAGAAGGAAACGAAAGAAACUAUCGCAAGACUCGCCCGUAUCCGAGGGAGUCUCGCAGCAUCUAUUACCGUGGACAUCGCCUACACUGUGCGGGAUAUCCACGCAAUCACAGAUGGCACUGCGUCUGUUAUUACGGAAUUUCGACGGGAGUCGGCUCUGCAUGACGCGAUGACAGAUCGAAAGGCUCUGUUCAAGUGGCUGAAUCCGAAAUCCAUCGACGUUGAUGAGAACCUCAUAGAAGGCCUCAAGCAUCAUCACCCAGGAACGGGCCAGUGGCUGUUGGACUCUGUUGAAUACCACUCCUGGUCUAGUCAAUCAUCGUCCAUCUUGUGGAUCCAAGGCAUUCCUGGUAGCGGAAAGACAGUUCUGGCCUCCUUCAUCGUUAACAAGCUUCGAACAGAGGUUGACGGGGCGGUCGGUGUGGUGUAUUUCUUUUGCGACCACCGGGACUUCGAUAAGCAAGCGCUCAUCAAUUUUGUGUCUACAGCUGUAGUCCAGCUGCUUUAUCAGCAUCCAAUACUCGAGCCCAUAGCGAUGGAUGCAUUCCGUGGGCCCGACUCAAGGACAAGGACGGCACUCAAAGUCGAUGAAUAUGUUGAACUCUUCAUCAAACUAGCUCGAACGCUAUCCCAUAUUAGUAUUGUUAUCGACGCAUUGGAUGAAUGCAAAGGCAUCAGGGACUUUGCUGACUGCCUCAGACAGCUAUCGAAGUCGCAAGCAACCAUCCGCAUACUUACGACGAGCAGAUAUGAGCCCGUUCUGGAAAAUACUAUAGGACCUUUGGCAAAGCAUCGCAUACCCCUGGAGCAAAAGAUUGAUCGCGAUAUCCAUGCUUUUGUCACCGAUGAAGUAGAAUCACGAGUAAAGGCACGCACAUUGAAAGUCAGAUCAUCUGAUCUCCGAGCACUCAUCGUCAAGACAUUGACAUCACGCGCUGAUGGCAUGUUUAUCUGGGUAUCCUUCCAAUUGAACAUUAUUUCAGAGUUGACAAACGACAAAGCGAUUCGCGAGGCCCUUUACAAACUACCGGACGGCCUCGAAGCGACGUAUGAGCAACUUUUGAAACAAGCAAAGCAGCGUCAUAAAUCAAACAUCGAGCUUCUAGCCACUGCUUUGAAGUGGAUAGUGUCUAGCAGAGCUCCAAUGAAGCUGAGUCAACUGGUGGAAGCCAUAUCAAUCGAGCCAACCGACACUCGCAGGGAUCUCGACAAAAUCAUGAGUGAUGACAGAGAUCUGUUGAAAAUCCUCGGAAGUCUAAUAGUUCUUGACCCGGCUCAGCAAGACCCGGUAAUCAGUCUGGUUCACUUCAGUUUGUACGAGUAUUUAGAGUCUGACGGGCUGCGAAUUCACGACAGCCUCUCUGUGUUUCAUGUCCCAGCAUUGUUCUUGAACAGCAUUGCUGCCAUAUGUGCACAGUACUUGUCCUUCGCUGACUUUGAGCAGCCCUGUCGAUCUCUCCAGGAAUUAGGAGAUAGACGUUCAUCUUAUAAAUUUCUAAACUUCGCUGCGAAUAACUGGCUCACCCACAUUGUGGGUAAAACGAGCUUUGAAGCUAUUUCUGGUAGGAUCAAAUGGUUCAUUGUCCCUGGUCGCCACGGCAAUCAUUUUCUAUCGUGGCAGCAGGUCUUCCAUGACAAUGCAUUCGACCAUGAGUCUAACGACGAGCGAAUUGAGCCGCUUCACUAUGCAGUCGAAUAUAACAUGGUUUACCUGUUCAAAGAUAUUCUAAACAACGGGGGCAGUGCGAAAAUCCUGCUCCAGGAAGGCUACACGCCUCUGCACCUAGCAGUGAUCAAAGGUAGUGAAACAGGGGUGGCUACAGUGCUUGGAACAAAUCCAGAUCUUGAAAUCCCCGCGUUCCAUGGGCAGACUGCCCUCCAUCUUGCUGCUGCCUAUGGCAACCUUGAGGUGGUGAAGCUGUUGUUGAGCGCUGGGGCAUCUCCAUCAGCUCAAAGUAACUCCAGGUCAACGCCUCUUUACCGUGCUGCACGCAGCGGUUCUGUUCCUACCCUGGAAUGUUUGCGCGAUGCUGGCAGCGACGUCAAUGCCAAGACCUGGGACGCUUGGACACCCAUCUUUGAAGCUAUCGAGAACUUCCAUGUCGACGCGGUACGAUGGCUCGUAAGUAAUGGUGCGAAUUUACAUCAGAGACUUCGGGACAAUCCACGUUACCCAUCAGUGUUGGAUUUUGCAAGAACAGUCGGAAAUCAAGAGAUCGUCGAGAUCAUCAAAACUGCCUUGUUGAAGGAGAGAAGAUGAUGAAGUGGGUAUGGGCAUGACACAUUCGUCCAAGUGUCCUACUCUUUGGUGAAUGGAUAUUCCAUUCAAACGCUGCAAUGGCUUCUGUGACUAAUAAGGGAUCGGCGAUCUGAAAGCAAUGCGUACUGAAGUGCAAUGCCGCUAUCGCACUGUCAAAUGAAUGCUGCUUGAAUGCUCGUCUUGCAAAUACACAUCGAUUAUCACGUCAAUUUCCAACAAGUAGACAGAUG